AUGAGUAAAACUCAGUUAAAUGAAUGGAAAGAUAUGCUUGUGACAAUCUUCCGUGCAAAGGACCGUAGGAAAAUGAUGGCGGGUUACCAACAGCACAUGCAUAUGGCAAGGUUAUCGGAUGAAAUCUGGACAAAAGUUCUGAGGGCAACAGAAAAGGUAACAGCUAUAAAUGAGAAGUUUUUCAGACCUUUAAUGAGGAUAGAUGAUGAUGAAAAAAUUAAGGAAUGCCUCAACAUCUUGAUGGAAGACGGAACAAAGGUUUUUCAUAAGAAAGUAAAACAAUUCAUUGAUGAAGGAUGUGUAAAAUCCAAAAAGACAAAACAAACUGAACAACCAAAUGUAGAAACACCAAACGAGAGAGAAGACAGUAUUGUGUUGAAAAGAAAGUACCUUACUCUCAAGGAGAAGCAUAGCAGCUUGCUGCACGAAUUUGAACAAAUUGCAGAAGAAAACAAGCGUUUGAAAGAGGAGUUGGAGAACAUAAAGGCAGCUGCAGAAUCAAAAGGGAAGAAGAGAGUUAGGGAUUCAGAUGAUGCUAAUGAAUUUCAUGUUGGUGAGAAAAUAGAAGCUUUCUGGAAGGAUGCAGAUGGUGAAAGCUGGCUUUUGGCCAAAGUUGUUCGACUUAAUAAGAAUGGUGCUAGAGUCCAGUAUGAGGUGGACAGUGGAAUUGCAAAUGUUCCAUUCUCGUGGUUGAGAAAGGUCAGCAAAUGAAGAUGAAUAAGAUGGUUGUUGAAAAUGAUUAAAGAUGGUGAGAUAAUCUCCUGAGAGCUUCAGUGUAUACUAAAGUCAGCCAUGCAUACAAAGUUUUUUUCAUCGGUAGAUCUGUUUUGCCUGUGUCAUAGUGACGUAGGACAGUCAUUUAAAGUUGGUUGUGUUACUACCCCUUGUGUUUAAUUUAGUAAACACUAUUUUAUAAACCUUUUCUUUCAAGCUGGACACUUAUGGUUUUAUAUUAAAGAGAGAUUUAUGUUACCCACACUGGCUUUGGCAUAUGCAUCACAUUUUGGUGAGGUAUAUUUUGUACCACCCCUUUAAUUACUUAUACACUGAGGUAUUGCUUUGAUACUUCUUACUGACCAUCAUUCCCAUUUCCCGGCAGGAGGAUAUAGCUAUCAUGGAUUUUCACAAAAUCAUGCCAUUUCAGCUUGACAUUUUUAGAGUGAUGUUUAUCUAGAUAAAGGGAAAAGUUAAUGUCAUUUUGAUAUGCUAUCUUCAUGUUUUAAACGAGUAAUGAUAAAAUAGUACACUUUCAAAAUUUAUAUCAUUCAAAGCUUAUUUAUUUAUUUAUUUGUUCAUUAAAUUAUUUAUUAAUCUAUUUUUAAUUAAUUUACUUAUUUUAGAACAAAUUUUCUAUAAUACAGGCUUAUUACUUAUAUUUUUAUUUGAAGAAUUUUUUUAAUGAUUGUACAAUAUUUAAGUUAUGUAAAUAUGUAAAGAGUAGAUAAGUAGCUUGAUUUGGUUAGACAUACUAACUAAUGAAAUCUGAGUUUAUACUAGCCUGAUUUUUUGUGUGUCUGUAAAUUGUACAACACAUUUUCUGUUAA